AUGGCCCGACAAUUACAGCCGCGCUUCGUCUCCACGCCGCUGAUCGUGUUCAGCAUAUCGCUCUCCCUCACAAUCUCCUCACUCACUCUCAGUCCUGCAACAGCAGAGUCCACUCAUGUUUCUCCCAAGCGACGCAUUCGAAGACUGCUCGACCUAGUCAGUAACCCCCUCGGCGGGUCCAUCCCCUCCUCAUUCUUCAGUGCGACGCCGACCUCUGCGGCAGCGCAGCGCGUGCUGCUGGGCCAGGCUCUAGGCGCGGAGCCCGCGGCGUCGACUCAGCUAUCGUCUGGCUGGCUCGGCACGUUCAAGGGAGCGUCGACCGGUCUCUACGCGGGUGUGAGGGGCGUGUUCGAGUCGGUGAAGGCGACGGUGGGUGCGACGACCGUGCAGGCGUUCGGCAUCGCAGGCGACACUGUGGACGACGUGCGCGAGAGAAUCGAGUGUCUGCCUAAGGCCGCAGCCUGCCGUGUAAUUCCUCCUCCCCCUUCUCCUCUCCUUCCCCUCUCCUCCCCCUUCUCCUCUCCUUCCCCUCUCCUCCCCCUUCUCCUCUCCUUCCCCUCUCCUCCCCCUUCUCCUCUCCUUCCCCUCUCCUCCCCCUUCUCCUCUCCUUCCCCUCUCCUCCCCCUUCUCCUCUCUUUCCCCUCUCCUCCCCCUUCUCCUCUCCUCCCCCUCUCCUCCUCCUUCUCCUUCUCCUGCUUAAGUCUUCUAAAUCUUCUCUUCCUUCUCCUCCUCCCCGCCAAUCAAAUGGCAGGGCGGCGAGUUCCCCCCAUCGCUGCAGCUGCGAGUAGCAGUGGUGUGUGUGGGGAUCAACGACGUGCUGGAGGCGGCGAGUUCCCCCCAUCGCUGCAGCUGCGCGUGGCGGUGGUGUGUGCGGGGAUCAACGACGUGCUGCAGGGGAGAACCAGCGCCGCCACCAUGGCCUCCAAGGUGGCAUCGCUGGCGAUCAGUGUGCGCAAGGCACACCCCUCCACCUCCGUGCUCGUGCUGGGGCUGCUACCCGAGGCGGCCAUGAGCAAGAACGUGUCACUGCCUGACCCUGUGCCUGCUCAAGUGAACGUCAUCCUCGCCUCCACUCUCAAACCAGGUACAGACUUGGUGGACGGGGUGUCGUUCCUCGACUGCUCAUCUGCCUUCACCAAUCCAGGGGGCUCCAUCAAUGCAGCAGCCUACGCACCUAUGAGCACCCGCCACUCUCCCCAUGCCCACCCCUCCCUACUGCACUGCAUGCCUCCCCGCAGCACCCCUUCCCCGCAGCACCCCUUCCCCGCAGCACCCCUUCCCCGCAGCACCCCUUCCCCGCAGCACCCCUUCCCCGCAGCACCCCUUCCCCGCAGCUACCCUUCCCCGCAGCACCCCUUCCCCGCAGCACCCCUUCCCCGCAGCACCCCUUCCCCGCAGCUACCCUUCCCCGCAGCUACCCUUCUCCGCAGCACCCCUUCCCCGCAGCACCCCUUCCCCGCAGCACCCCUUCCCCGCAGCACCCCUUCCCCGCAGCACCCCUUCCCCGCAGCACCCCUUCCCCGCAGCUACCCUUCCCCGCAGCACCCCUUCCCCACAGCACCCCUUCCCCGCAGCACCCCUUCUGCUACCUCCUCUCUCACCUGCAAGUCGCAAGGCAUGGACUCCUUCCGCUACCUGCACCUCUCAGCUGCGGGCUACAAGGCAUGGUCGGCGUGCUUCACACCACAACACCCACCAAAGGAGAGGGGGGCACCGUCCGUCAAUGCAACGAAAUCAAAGUCACCACCCUCCAAAACGUCUCCCACCAAAUCCCCUCCCACCAAAGCCCCUCCCUCCAAACCUCCUCCUUCCGUGUCUCCUCCUUCCAAAAACACUUCCGCCAAAGCACCCCCGUCCAAAGCCCCGCCCUCCAAGGCACCCCCAUCCAAAGCUCCCCCGUCCAAGCCCCCCCCCCAACCAUCAUCCUCCCCAUCAAAGCCCUCCACAGUCAAGGCCCCCCCGGCUGCGCCCUCUCUCCCCUCCCCUGCUGCUCCCUCCCUGCCAUCAGUGCCCCUCCCCCCUCCUUCCCCAUCUAAGCUUCCCGCCGCCUCUAAACCCAACCACACUUCCGAUUCGCCUGCCAAGCUCCCUGCUGCCAAGCCCUCUGUUUCAAAAAGCCGUUCCCCUCACAAGUCCCAUGAAAAGAAGGAGACUCCCAAGCAUCCUCCCUAUAAGCAUGUCCCGUCAAAGGAGCCACCAGCAUCUGACCUCCCUCCACCCGCCUCAGAGCCUCUUCCCAACAAAACGAGUAGUAAAAGCCCAAACACUGGGUCUAAACCCGCAAAUCACCCGUCCGAACCUGCUGCUGAAUCCGGUCCCAAGUCGUUCAAGCCUGGACAAAACACCUCCGAGCCUGAACCGAGCCAUUCUGAUCCCGAGCCUGGCGUUUCAAAGCCUGCGGGUGGUUCCUCCGAGCCAAGAGGCAGUUCAUCCGAACCUGAGCCGAUUCCUUCCGAGGCAGAUGGCUCGUCAGGUUCGGGGAUCAAGAGGAUGAAAGGGCGAGACCCUGAGCACCCGUACGAGCCCGGGGGGAGGAGCAGUGGGGGUGGGGGAGACUGGCGGAAUGGAAGCAGUGGGUCGAAUGGUAGUAGUGGUGAUGGUGGCCGUGGCAGCGGUGGUGCUGCUGGUGGUGGCAGUGGUGAGGGUAGUGAUGGUGGUGAUGGUGAUGAUGGUGGUGGCGGUGGUGGCAGCACUGGAAAUGGGACGAAUGGGAAUGUGACACAUGGGGAUAUGACACAUGGGGAUAUGACACAUGGGGAUAUGACACAUGGGAAUGUGACACAUGGGAAUGUGACAAGUGGCAAUGAGACGAAUGGGAAUAUCAUGGACGGCAAUGUGACGGGUGGGAGCAGAGGGCCUACAGUAGCAAAUCCAGUGGAGAAGCAACCAGCCUCUGACACCGUGCCAUCUGCCCCGGCUAAUCUGCCCCCUGUUUCUGCUCCGCUCCCACCUCUACCUCCUCCUCUCUUGCCAGAUCCUCGCCCCAAGCUGCUUCCUCCCAUCGCUACCCCAUCCUUACGAGCCCCCUCUGCACCCGCUCAUUCCCAUCUGCCAGCGCUUGUGACCUCCCCUCGCAUCUCCCACCCCCACUCCUAA